GCGAUGGAGACGCCCGGCUCAUCCGCCCGGUCCUUGUUGCCGGCUGCGUCCGGGCCCCCGAGGAAGCGCGCGGCUGGGGAGGCUGGGACUGCGACGAGAAAGCAGCGGGUCCUGGAUGAGGAAGAGUAUAUCGAGGGCCUCCAGAUGGUCAUACAGAGGGACUUCUUCCCUGAUGUGGAAAAGCUACAAGCACAGAAGGAGUACCUGGAAGCUGAGGAGAAUGGCGACUUGGAACGGAUGCGCCAGAUCGCCAUCAAGUUUGGCUCUGCCCUGGGCAAGAUGUCCCGAGAGCCCCCACCACCCUAUGUAACCCCAGCCACAUUUGAAACUCCUGAGGUGCACACAGGCUCUGGAGUGGUGGGCAACAAACCUAGACCCCAGGGCCGAGGCAUGGAGGAUGGAGAGGUUGGAGAGGAGGAGGAGAAGGAGCCGCUUCCUAGCCUGGAUGUCUUCCUCAGCCGUUACACAAGUGAGGACAACGCCUCUUUCCAAGAGAUCAUGGAAGUAGCCAAAGAGAAGAGCCGGGCCCGCCAUGCCUGGCUUUAUCAGGCUGAGGAGGAGUUUGAGAAGAGGCAGAAAGAUAAUCUUGAACUACCAUCAGCAGAGCGCCAAGCUAUUGAGAGCAGCCAGGCUGGCGUGGAGGCCUGGAAGUACAAGGCCAAGAAUUCCCUCAUGUACUACCCAGAUGGUGUCCCUGAUGAAGAGCAGCUGUUCAAGAAGCCCCGGCAGGUGGUACAUAAGAACACCCGAUUCCUCCGGGACCCCUUCAGCCAGGCCCUGAGCAGGUCCCAGCUCCAACAAGCAGCUGCCCUCAAUGCCCAGCACAAACAGGGCAAGGUGGGCCCUGACGGCAAGGAGCUCAUCCCUCAGGAGUCCCCUCGAGUGGGCGGAUUUGGAUUUGUUGCCACCCCUUCUCCUGCCCCUGGUGUGAAUGAGUCUCCGCUGAUGACCUGGGGGGAGGUUGAGAACACACCACUGAGAAUUGAAGGGUCAGAGACGCCUUAUGUGGACAGGACACCAGGACCAUCUUUCAAGAUCUUGGAACCAGGCCGCAGGGAGCGGCUAGGCCUGAAGAUGGCCAAUGAGGCUGCUGCCAAGAACCGGGCCAAGAAGCAAGAAGCCUUGCGGAGAGUGACGGAGAACCUGGCCAGCCCUACAGCGCCUCGUGAGCAGGACAACCAGCAAGUACACGGAUCGUGCCCUGCGCGCCAGCUACACACCAUCUCCAGCACGCUCCACCCACCUCAAGACCCCAGCCAGUGGGCCACAGACCCCCACGAGUACACCAGCCCCUGGCUCUGCCACACGCACACCCCUCACACAGGACCCAGCUUCCAUCACGGACAACCUGCUGCAGCUGCCUGCCCGGCGCAAAGCCUCAGACUUCUUUUAGAGCCAAGCCCGGGCUGGGCCUGUGGACACUUGUGGAGACUGCUGGGCAGUUUUCUGGACACCCAGCAGAGGACUCAGCCCUGGGGACCCAGGCCCGGGCCAGAGGCGAUUGCUCAUCCCAGGAACCACAGAUGAAAAGUGCCGUGCCAUGCCAUGCUGGCUCAGGACACACAUCUCCUCCCCUUGGAGUGCAGCACCAUGCUGUCCCCAGGGCCUUGCUGAAACUGUUUUCUAUUUAAUCCCCCAAUCUAAACCAUUAUUAAAGAAUAGGUGGCACAGUCAGGCCAGGCUGCCUGUCCAUCCUUAUCCCUGAACUGGCUCUGGUGCACCUGGGGGCCUACGUCAGUCCUAGGACUUCAAGGUUGGAGGCUGGCAUUCUGUGGGGAAGCUCAGUGGCUCCCAGAACUGCCUUCUGAGCUCACACAUGCCCUUUACCCUCCGCCCCCCAGGUCUUUCUGCUCCUCUGAGAAAUCAUGCUCAGGGUACCUGGGGCUCUGUGCCAGCCAGGCCUGGCCGGCUUGCUUUACUAGGCCCAUGCAUAUCGUGCGUCUCAGGCCCCGUCAUGAGUCACUUUCUUGGUGGCCUCAGCUGUAACCUCGCAGAGCAGCUUCCAGCUCUGGUGGGACUAAGCCGUCUACUCUGUCCUGCUUUUUGCUCUCCCCCUGCUCUUGACACUGCCCACUGGGCUCUGCUGAGACACCAGCCUCACCCCAGCCUGGGCCACAGUGUUAAAAAAGAGGCCAGGUUCUAUGCAGACCACAAGUAUCAUGCAUUGUGGUUCAGCAUGUGCCUGUUGGCUGAGGGGGUACAGAGGAUGUAGGUGCCUGGCCCUUAGGUGGCUGGCAGCCAGCUGAGCCCAUGAGCCUGCUGCCUACAGAGUUGAAAGGCCUCUCUAGGCCCAGGUGGGUCCAAGACCAUGGUGUAGCUCCCAAGUCAAUGUCUUCAGGCAUCACCAGGGGUCAUAGGUGGUACCCUCUGGGGGCCUGGGAGCUUUUGAUACUCAGAGACUCAGGGCACACUUGACUGCUCAGACCCAGGUACUGCUUUGAGCCCUGUGUGUGCUGUCUUCAUUCAGUCUUCCUGCAUUGGUUCUCUCCUUCUCUGAGCACUGAUGUUCUCUGGAGGCUAGUCUGGGGCCAAACACCUGGCACCAGCCUAGGACCUCUGUUGAUCUCUACAGUGAGUUCUGUGAACUCCUGGGGUGGCUGCCCUGGGACCUGCUGGGGCUGGAGCUUUGGAUCCUUUUGCUUCACAGGGAAGGUUGAGUUUUAACCCAAGAGAGCCCCCACCACCACCAGGAAAUGGGGUAGGGAGAGUAGGGGCACUUUUUGGUGCUGUCCACUUUAAGCAUUUGGUCAGCAGGGGAGCAUGCUUUGGGGAGGUAUGGUAACAAGCAGGAAACAUGAGAGAUGGGACAGCAUCAUCACCAGGCUGCUGCCUGGGGCUUGCAGGUCUGCAGAGUGGGGAGGGUGCCAGCAAUGGUCUCCGUGAUGCUGCCUCUAGGGGAUGAUGUGGGGGGGGGGCGGUGAGCAGCUGAGGUCACCAAUCUCAAAUUACCCCUGGGGUUAGAGGAGGACAUUGAGUAAGGAGCCAUGUGAGGGAGCGAGACAGGGUCAGUGUGAGCUGCACUGCAUAUGGCGAGGGAGGAGUAUGGAGCUGUUCAGCCCUGCAGGCCUUAGGGAUGGGGGCAGGCCAGAGGCAGACAAUGUGGUCUUGGCAGGUGGACUGCAGCAGAGGUCCUCUCCUUGCCACAGGGCUCACUCUUGAGUCUGUCUAUGUCUGAGCACCUGUCCCUGGACCCCUAACACUGGAGACCCCUGCGCCGGUUGAGUCCUAGAGAAAAAG